UAUAGAAUAGAGAUAAACUACACUACUGUUUAAUCUAUCUUAAGAGGAGUUAAAGGAAUUCGUCAAACACAGUCUAUAUAACAAGAGCUUUGCUAGCAGAUAACUUGAGAGUUAAGUUUCAACUAUCAAUCAAUGCUAUCUUAGUGCUUUACUAAGGUGGUUUUAGCAGAAUUAUUUUGUUUCGUUUCUCCAAUCGGAACAAAGAUGAUGAUGCUAGAAGUUGCCAAGUGUACAUCGUUUGUUCUUAUUCUUUUACUAAACGUCACAUGUCGGGAAUCAUUCGCCUCGUUCCAUCCCAUUGAUAAUUAUUUGGUCGCUUGUGGUUCUUCCCACAAUGUCACGUUUCAGGGUCGAACUUUCGUACCUGACACUGAAUUUGAACAUUCCAACUUUCAAAUAAAAGCAGAAAAAUCUUUGGUUGUUUCAUCUAAACUGAACAAUACCCUUUCACCACUUUAUAACUCAGCUCGAAUCUUCUUUGAAAAGGCAUCCUAUACAUUCAAAAUUCAACAACAUGGGAGACACUGGAUCCGUCUCCAUUUUCACCCUUUACCCGAUUCCAACCACAACAUGACCUUUGCCUUAAUAACGGUAAUCAUUGAUGGUUAUGUGCUUCUUGAUAACUUCACUUUUGUAAACUAUAGUAACUCUCACUUGAUGAAGGAGUAUACAGUCAGUGUUACAUCUUAUGAAUUGAUUGUCACAUUCAUCCCUCACCGUAAUUCACUUGUUUUUGUUAAUGCCAUUGAAGUUGUAACUAUGCCAGAUGUGCUAUUUCCUUACAAUCUAAAUCCAUCUACCCCUUUCACAGAAUCCAUCCUUGAAACUGUGUAUCGAUUGAAUGUGGGAGGCGCAAGUAUCAAUGCUCAAAAUGAUACACUUAGUAGGAGUUGGGAGAGUGAUGAAACUUACUUUCGCUCCACCAUUACUGCGUUGAAUAUUUCAACAAGCGUUUCUGCUAUAAAGCAUCCUGAUUUCUUAGAAAUUACAGCACCACCAAUGGUUUAUGCUACUGCUAAAGCCAUGGGAAGUGCCUCAAGAGGUUACCGCUUAAAUUGGGUAUUCCGUGUAAGGCCAAACUUACUUUAUUUUGUUCGCGUUCAUUUCUGUGACAUGAUUAGCAACACUACCAACUAUAUGGUCGUGGAUCUAUUUAUGAAUGGUAACAGAACCACAGAGAUAAGGGUUUCUGGUGACUUUGCUGAACCAUAUUACAAGGACGUUUUGUUCAAUGCCACAGAGGAGACUCUCACAGUAAGUGUUGGUCCUUCAACAAUGUCUACUAUAGAAAAUGCAACCUUGAAUGGGAUAGAGAUAAUGAAGUUCAUUAACAGAGUUGACAGUGUUCUAACAAAAUCUUCAGAAAGAAUUCAAACAAACAAGAAAUUAAAAUUAGUCAUUGUAAUUGGAUGUGGUGUAUUUGUUUUAGCAUUUCUUGGACUAUCAUUUCGUUAUCUAAAAUCCUGCAGGUCCAAGAAAAAUUCAGUAAAUGCUUACGAAUUUCUGAGGCAUUUUACUUUGCAUGAGAUCCAACAAGCAACAAAGAAUUUUGAUGCUGUGCUACUUAUUGGAGCAGGAGGAUUUGGAAAGGUGUAUAAAGGAAAACUAGAAAAUGGGAAAAUAGUAGCCAUCAAAGUAGCAAAUCCUGAAUCUAGACAAGGUCUCGGUGAAUUCCAUAACGAGAUUGAGUUGUUGUCUGGUCUUCGUCAUUCAAAUCUUGUCUCUCUCAUUGGUUGUUGUAAUGAAGACUCAGAACUGGUUCUAGUGUACAAUUACAUGGCAAAUGGAUCUCUCAGUAGUCAUCUAUAUGGGAGAGACUUUGUUCCACUGUCUUGGAAGCAACGUCUUGGGAUAGGCAUCGGGGCUGCGAAAGGACUUCUUUAUCUUCACACUGGAGCUAAACAAAGCAUAAUUCACCGUGAUGUGAAGACAACAAACAUUCUCUUGGAUGAAAACCUUGUGCCAAAAGUUGCUGAUUUUGGCAUAUCAAAAAAGGGUCCUCUUCUUGAUAAGAGCCACGUUACAACCCAUGUAAAGGGUAGCUUCGGCUAUCUUGAUCCAGAAUAUUUUAGGACUAAAUUUCUUACUAAGAAAUCAGAUGUUUACUCGUUCGGGGUGGUGUUGCUUGAAGUUAUAUGUGGGAAGCCUGCUCUAGAUGAUGCCCUUCCAACGCAGCAGAUGAAUUUGGCAUUUUGGGCAUUAAGCUGCCAUAAAAAGGGCACUUUUCAUGAAAUGAUGGACCCUUAUUUGACUGGCAAAGUGAAUAUGGAGUCUGUAAACAAGGUUUUAGAGCUGGCUUGGAAGUGCUUGGAGGAGCGUCGAGUGAACAGACCAUCAAUGGGGUACAUAUUAUGUCAACUAGAAGAGGCUCUCCAUCUUGAGUUGGCAUCAGAUGUUUUGAAUAACAAUAAAAAUGGGGAUUCUUCUACUUAUGCAAGUGUAGGAAAUGGAUUUGUAGAUGACACAGAAGAUGUUGUAUGAAACCAUAGUCUGUUAAAGUUGAUAUUUUAAAUGUAUCAUAAAUGUAUGUGUUGCAGGAAAGGACAUUUUUUUCGAGUAAAUCAUUUUCUAAUAUAUAAAUAUUUAGAUUGAUUUUUUA